AUGUCUGAAUUUGAGGCUGAUCUCAGUGGUAUUCGCGAUAAGUUAAAAGAAAACAACCCUUCUGAAGCCAUCAUACUUGCGCAAGUGGCUGUACAAAAGGCUUCUGAAAAUGAUGGUCGUGCUCAUGAAAUGCUUGGUGAAGCUUUCGCUGAGCUUGGAGAAAUAAAGAAAGCCAAGGACGCUUUCCGGGAAUCAAUAAAGCGGAGCGACAACUUACAAGAAGAUAGCGGCUAUGAAAAGUAUCUUUGGAUGGCCCAAAUAAUUGAAGAUAGUGAGAAAUCCUUACUGCUUUACGAUCGAGGAUUGAACAUUCUCUCCCGGCUAUACGAGUUGAAUUGCAAUGAUGUCGAUGUAAAAAAAAAAUUACAAGGGGCAUAUUGCAGUGUUGCUGAACUUUUUAUGACUGACCUUUGUAUGCGAGAAGAAGCUGAAAGUCAAUGUGAAAAGUACACCAAUCUAGCUUUACAAGUUGAUCAUACUAAUGCUGAGGCAUUACAAACUCUUGCAUCUAUGCGAAUUAGUCAACAAAACUUUGAAGAAGCGAAAGACGCGCUUAAACAAUGCUUACAAUCAAUCUCGAACGCCGCCAUGGAGGACAGUAUAGAUCUUCCCACCUAUGCUAUACGCACUUCUGUUGCAAGACUUUUAAUUGAAGUUGAAAUGCAUCAAGAAGCCCACGAUUUGUUAAUUUAUUUGCAGAAAGAAGAUGAUGAGAUUGUCGAUGUAUGGUACUUGCUUGGUUGGAACUGCUACGUGGAAGCUCAAAACUUACAAGAGCAAGGAAGUGUUUCAGAAGAUGACGUUAAAGAACUAUUGAUCAGCGCCAAGUCGUACUUUUUGGGAGCAUUGGCUACUUACCAAAAAACGAUGUGGGAUGACGAAGGAAUUUUAGAGCAUAUGAAAGAAAUCUUACAAGUUUUGAAUGAACUCGGUGUUCCGGAUCCUGAAGAAGAUGCAGGUGAGCCCGAAGAGCCUGACUGGGAAACCGACAGCGACGAAAAUAUGCAGGAUUCAUAA